AUAUUAUUAUUCUGAAUUCUUUGGUCAAUAAAAUCUUUUCUUUAUUGAUUAAAUUCUAUAAUCAGAUAAGGUGCAACUAGAUAAUGCAACGAAAACACAAUAAAAAUAGAAGAAGAUAAGUAUACGGUAGUCACAUCGUCAAUAAUUAACCAUUUGUCUACAUCAGUUCAUUAUGAUUGUUCAAAUUCGAUUACUUUUUUCUUCCGUUUUAUUCACUGCUAGCUUUGCGAAUUUUCAAGAUGCUGCAGAGAAUAGUGUCGAUUCUGGAAAGAUGUCGGCUAUACUCAAUAAAUUAUUCGACAUGGCGUUACCUUCAAUUCAAAUGUUCAUUUUAAAACAUAGAUUAGAUCCUAUGAAAUUAGAAGAUUUAUCCCAAAAUCUGAAAGGAGUAAUAAUUCACCAUAGAACUCUUAAUUUAACGGAAGGUUCUCUUCAAGGAUUAUCAAAUGUAAGACGGGCAAACGAUAUUAUUUUGUCUUUUGAAAACAAAAUUCUAACUCUAGAUGCAACUUUAGGAUUCAAUGUUCUUGAGGCUAAUUAUAAUUAUCAUCUUUACGAUUUACUAGUCAAUAGAAAAGGAAAGAUUUACGGUUAUUUCAAAGACAUGGAGAUACGAAUAAUUAUGGAAUUAAAUAUGAACAAUUAUAAAAUUGCUAUUCCAAUGGCUAAGAUUGUUAAACUAAACAAAUUUAAUAUCGUUUUUAAGGGUAAUAUAGGUGAUCCAAUAGUAAAUGCUGCAAUUGAAGCUAUCACUAAAACAUUUCGUACAAGUGUUAUAAAUAUGGUGAAUACAGAAUUUUCGAAGGUAUUGCAAGAAUUUAUAAGCGGGAUCAAUAAGAAGAUACCGCAACCUAAUCAAAUAUUAAAUAAUGAUAAUAUUUGGCGUUAUUUAAAAUCUAACUUAUCUUAGAUGGCUUUGUUUCAUCUAAUACAAUUUAUUAAAUUAAAAAAAGAUAUCUGAUGUAAACCAUAAAAAUGUAAAAUAAUAAAGCAUCCCAUUUCAAUACAUGUUUCUA